GGGUCACGUGAGGCGCCGGCAGCCCCGCAGCCGCCGCCAUGUCGGCGUUCCCCGAGCUCUACUUCAACGUGGAUAACGGCUACCUGGAGGGGCUGGUGCGCGGCUUCAAGGCGGGCGUGCUGCGGCAGGGCGACUACGUGAACCUGGUGCAGUGCGAGAGCCUGGAGGACUUGAAACUGCACCUCCAGAGCACAGACUAUGGGAACUUCCUGGCCAACGAGGCCUCCCCACUCACUGUGUCCGUCAUAGAUGACAAGCUGAAGGAGAAGAUGGUGGUGGAGUUCCGUCACAUGAGGAACCACGCCUACGAGCCCCUAGCAAGCUUCCUGGACUUCAUCACGUACAGCUACAUGAUUGACAAUGUCAUCCUGCUGAUCACUGGGACUCUGCACCAGCGUUCCAUCUCCGAGCUGGUGCCCAAGUGCCAUCCUCUGGGAAGUUUUGAGCAGAUGGAAGCUGUGAACAUUGCUCAGACACCUGCAGAGCUCUACAAUGCCAUCCUGGUGGACACUCCCCUGGCUGCUUUCUUCCAAGACUGCAUAUCUGAACAGGACCUGGAUGAAAUGAACAUCGAAAUCAUCCGCAACACCCUGUAUAAGGCUUACCUGGAGUCCUUCUACAAGUUCUGCAAGGCCCUGGGAGGGACCACGGCAGAUGCCAUGUGCCCAAUCCUGGAGUUCGAAGCUGACCGAAGGGCCUUCAUCAUCACCAUUAACUCCUUUGGCACUGAGCUGUCCAAAGAGGACCGAGCAAAGCUGUUCCCACACUGUGGCAAGCUCUACCCUGAGGGCCUGGCUCAACUGGCCAGGGCAGAUGACUAUGAACAAGUCAAAAACGUUGCUGACUACUACCCAGAGUACAAGCUGCUCUUUGAAGGGGCUGGCAGCAACCCUGGAGACAAGACCCUUGAAGACAGGUUCUUUGAGCAUGAGGUGAAGCUCAACAAGCUGGCCUUCCUCAACCAGUUCCACUUUGGAGUCUUCUAUGCCUUUGUGAAGCUGAAGGAGCAGGAGUGUCGCAACAUCGUCUGGAUCGCAGAGUGCAUCGCCCAGCGCCACAGGACCAAGAUUGACAACUACAUUCCCAUCUUCUAACCCCCCUCUGCCCCUGGAGUCUGGAGAGACCCCUGCCUACACCCCUGAGUUAGCCCUUCCCCAGACUCUAGGGCUGUCCCAUCUGUGGAACUGGCUCAGAUGAGGAAGCUGUACAGUUGCUGGUUAAAUUAUUCAGGAGCUGAGGUUUGUGUGUGCUGUGAGGGGCCAGGAGGGAGAGGGGCCAGAGCCUCGGCCCUGUGUAGCAGGAGGGACAUCUCCUGUUGUGUACCCUGUAGUCUCCACGUUGCUGUUCUCUGCUGUGUGUGCUUGUGCUCCUAGAGCAGGCAGCAGCCAGGGGGGGCUGCCUGCCUGGGGCUCCCCGUGCUGCAGAGGCACACAGCAGCUCGGGGGUUCCUGCCUGCUCUGCACACCCCCUGCUCCCUGCUGUUCCUGUGAGUGUGGUUCAGAGCCUAGCCCAGGCUGCCCUGCAGCUGACCCCAGCUUGGGGCAGGCAGAGCAGCCUGGAGGGGUGGAUGGAUGGAGGGAGAGUGGUUCUGCCCCAGCUUGUGCCGUGGUCAUUGCUGCAGUGUUUGUUAUCCCCUGCUCUCUACACCAAUAAACAUCUGCCUGCUGCA